UCAGGUGGCUUCUUGCGUAGGUCACACACGAGUGAGUGCAGCGUUUAGCCCCCUAACCUCAGCACCGCAGUAGCCGCUUGCCAUUCGAGAGCGAGAGAUGACUGCGGCGAUGGAGUCGAAGGGUUCCGAUGGCGGAGACCUCGCUUCCAAUCGGAACAAAGCGAUUCUUCACGCUCUCUCCAAGCGCCUGUCGUUCGAUCCAAAGAAAUUUCCAAGUGAAAGCAUUGGAGGAUAUGACAUUAUGAGCCUGCUCUCAAACAUAUUGCAGCUGUCAGCGAGUGGGGUUCCUUUGCAGAAUCCUGAGGAGAUUAUGAAAUGGGUAACAUUUGCAAGUAACUUUCCCAGUGAAGCUGAUGCUUGCCAUGCAACACUCAAAGGUCUGAAUGAAGAUUUGACCCAGAGGGCUGUUUUAUUGGGUGAUGGACUUAAACCCUCAGUGGCUGAUAUUGUUGUGUUUUCAGCACUGCAUCAUUUUGUGAGCCAACUUACUGCCUCAGAUAUGCAAAAGUUUUCAAAUGUGAUGAGGUGGAUGGACUACAUUCAGAACAAGCAAGAUUUUGGUGGAGAGCUUAAAAUGAUUGUCGUUAACAAGCCUGUAUUCGAACCUGUUUGCUCAAAGAAAGCAGAUAAGACAGAUGCUGAUCUGACUUCAAAAAAAGUUACUCAGGGUCCAAAGAAUGUAGACAAGCCCGAAGGAAAUAUCGAUCCAAAGAAAGGUGCUGCUGAGAAAAAGGCUUCUGGAGAUACUAAAGCUACCGAGGCAUCAACAAGAAAUAAUAAAACCACUGAGGAAAAAAAGAAAGCUUCAGAAAAAGAAUCUGCUGAGAAGGAAGCAGAUUGCAGUGUUACUCUUCUUAAUAUACAAGUUGGUGUUAUUCGCAAGGCAUGGAAACAUCCAUCUGCUGACAGUUUAUUGGUUGAGGAGAUAGAUUUGGGAGAUGGCAACUUACGCCAGGUAGUUAGCGGUCUUGCUAAGUUUUGUAGCCCGGAUGAUCUAUUAAAUCGCCGUGUAGUGCUUAUUACUAAUGUGAAGCCAGGAAAGCUGCGAGAUGUAAUGUCUGCUGGACUGGUGUUAUGUGCUUCUGAUCAAGAGCAUACGGUUGUGGAGCCUUUGAUUCCUCCAGAAGGAGCCAAACUUGGAGAACGUGUUUCAUUUUCAGGGUAUGAGGGAAAGCCAGAAGAUAUACUAAAUCCAAAGAAAAAACAGUUGGAGAAGAUCACCCCGCAUCUAUAUACCGAUGACAAAGGUGUGGCAACAUACAAAGGAACACCAUUCCUGACAUCUGCUGGCCCAUGCACAUCAUCCAUUUCCAAUGCAAGCAUCAAGUGAGCGGCUCAUCCUUACCGUCGGUGGCAUUCUACAUAUCAUUGUACCCAUAGAUGUUCUCUCUUGCUUUAUGGUGCGGUUCUCAAGUGCAAGAACAUUGCGUGAAUGCGUCAAUCCUUGAGUGCCCUUAUACUGGCUGAUUUGUAGGUCACGUCUCUUGUUAUCUACAAAAGAUGCGAUUUCUUUAAAGCAUGCAUCUCAAAAUGGAAGCGUACCGAUUGCUUGUAAGAUAUCUGAAUUAUAUUAUAAAUUUUGAUACUAGAAAAUUAUCGUUGUUA